GGUUGGUAUGCAUUAAGCCAUUAUAGAUAGUGGCAAUGAAAUGGGUCACUAACAUUUCUUGUCCACUUUCAGUUCUUAGUGCAGAAAAUUGUAUGUUAGAUAAAAAUUAAAAUAAUCCAAUCUUGUUGCCAACUGCAAUAACCUCCAAAGGCAAAUCCAAAUCCAAAGCUCUUUCCUUUUUUUUAUUUUUUAAAGAAAACAAGAGGAAUCUCAAGAGCCUUGUUUGCUGACAAAUCUCAAUCUCUCAGCAUCUCUUUCUCUCUAGAUACCUUCUCCUUGACCCUUUUCUUCCAAAAUUUUCAUUUUUACUAAUGAUACAAUCAAGUCCUUCGGUUUUGACACUCGGGUUUUUCUUGGAUUGUUAGAUAGAGUGAAAAAGAGCUCUACUUUUCUCUGAAAUUUGAUUUGGUUUUUAGUGGGUAUUUAGUUUUUGUGUGUCUAUGGCUUCAUCUGUUCUUUUUGCUGCAACUUCGGUUGCUGGGCUGCGCUCGUUGGCGGCUCAGGUGAAGCAACAGAGGGUCUGUGUUCGGUCUUCCCUCGACUCCCUCGAGACUAAUGUUUCUGACAUGAGCGUUAAUGCUCCGAAGGGUUUGUUUCCUCCAGAACCUGAACAUUAUAGGGGACCAAAGUUAAAAGUCGCUAUUGUUGGAGCCGGGCUUGCAGGCAUGUCAACUGCAGUAGAGUUAUUGGAUCAGGGCCAUGAGGUGGAUAUAUACGACUGUAGGUCUUUUAUUGGUGGCAAAGUAGGUUCCUUUGUUGAUAAACGUGGAAACCACAUUGAAAUGGGGCUACAUGUUUUCUUUGGUUGCUACAAUAAUCUCUUUCGUUUGAUGAAAAAGGUAGGGGCGGAUAAAAAUCUACUUGUGAAGGAUCACACCCACACAUUUGUAAACGAAAGGGGUGAAAUUGGGGAACUUGAUUUUCGUUUUCCAAUUGGAGCACCAUUACACGGGAUUCGUGCAUUUUUGGCUACAAAUCAGCUUAAGACUUACGAUAAAGCAAGGAAUGCUCUGGCUCUUGCACUAAGUCCAGUCGUGAAGGCUCUUGUUGAUCCAGAUGGAGCAAUGGUUGACAUACGAAAUUUAGAUAGUAUAAGCUUCUCGGAUUGGUUUAUAUCCAAAGGUGGCACUCGAACGAGUAUCCAGAGAAUGUGGGAUCCUGUUGCAUACGCCCUUGGGUUCAUCGACUGUGAUAACAUCAGUGCUCGUUGUAUGCUCACUAUAUUCUCAUUGUUUGCCACUAAGACCGAGGCUUCCCUGCUGCGGAUGCUCAAAGGUUCACCAGAUGUUUACUUGAGUGGCCCCAUUAAAAAAUACAUCACAGAUAGAGGAGGCAGGUUUCAUCUUAGGUGGGGAUGCAGAAAGAUUCUCUAUGAUAGAUCUGCAGAUGGGCAAAUACGUGUCACCGGACUUGCCAUUUCCAAAGCUACUAACAAGAAAAUUGUGAAAGCUGAUGCUUAUGUAGCAGCUUGUGAUGUUCCGGGAAUUAAAAGAUUACUUCCAUCCGAAUGGAGGGAAUUAAAAUUUUUUGAUAAUAUUUAUGAGCUUGUUGGAGUGCCUGUAAUCACGGUGCAACUUAGGUAUAAUGGUUGGGUCACGGAGUUGCAGGAUCUAGAGCGAUCAAGGCAGUUGAAGCGAGCUGCAGGACUCGAUAACCUUCUUUACACACCAGAUGCCGAUUUCUCCUGCUUUGCUGACCUAGCUCUUGCUUCUCCGGAAGAUUACUACAUUGAGGGACAAGGUUCACUUCUCCAAUGUGUUCUGACACCAGGCGAUCCAUACAUGUCCUUACCAAAUGAUGAAAUUGUAAGAAGAGUUGCAGAACAGGUUUUGACCUUGUUCCCUUCAUCACAAGGCUUAGAAGUUAUCUGGUCAUCUGUUGUCAAAAUUGGGCAAUCCUUAUACCGCGAAGCACCCGGUAAAGAUCCAUUCAGACCGGAUCAGAAGACGCCUGUAAAUAAUUUCUUCCUUGCCGGCUCAUAUACAAAACAGGACUACAUAGACAGUAUGGAAGGUGCAACAUUGUCGGGGAGACAAGCUUCGGCCUAUAUAUGUGACGCGGGGGAAGAUUUGCUGGCGAUGCGGAAAAAACUCCAAAUGAUUGAGUCUCUAGAACAAACAAAGCCUGCAAAUAUUCCUGAUGAGUUGAGUGUUGUAUGAUGCUUCAAAAUUGAUUCUUCAAGCUUUGAGCAAAGCAACCUCAAAGAAAUUCUUGGAACAUCUAGAUUUCCAUCAUUGUUCAAUAUGUUAUGUAUACUGAAAUUAGUGAAGAGAAUAUAAAAUAUAUCAUGUAAUUGUCAUAUUUGUUGUACAAUGGAUCUUGGAGAUCAUCAAUAUAUGUAUAUGUGUUAGGGCAAAUGCUGGCUACUUCCAAAUUACAAAUGAAAUAAUUGACAAUUUCUAAUAAA